AUGGGAGGCGCCUCAGUCCAGCACCCCGAGACCUUUGCCGACCUGCAGGCCGUGCUCGCCGCCAACACGUACGUCGCCGUCGACUUCUUCGCCGACUGGUGCCCGCCCUGUAAGCAGAUCGCCCCCGUCUUCGAGGCCCUCGCCGCCAAGCACGCCGUCGACGGCGUCCUCGCCUUCGCCAAGGUCAACGUCGACCACGUCCAGCAGGCCGCCGUGGCCUACGGCGUGACGGCCAUGCCGACCUUUAUGUUCUUCAAGGAGGGCAAGCAGGUCGCCGUCAACGGGCAGGCCUUGAUCCGCGGGGCGGACCCGCGCAGCCUGGGCGCCGCGGCGGAGAAGCUCGGCGGGCUCGCACAGAAGAGGGUCGCUGAGGCGGCGAAAUGA